UGGGCACGAUGCGCUGAAGAGCUCUGGAAGCACGAGAAAGACGUCAUACAAGAUCUGAAGGAAGGGAUAGACACUCUUCUUCUCUUCGCGGGUCUGUUUUCAGCAGUUGUCACCGCAUUCAAUGUCGAAUUUUACAAGACACUGCAACCCCAGCCGAAAGAUUCUACUGCUCAGAUCCUGAUGCACAUAUCAGCACAGCUGAGCAGCUUUGCUGUCAAUUCAGGUUCCAUCAACUCCACGAUACCUGGAUACCCGGCGAGAUACCCAGAAUGCGUUUCCCAUCUCGAUAUCGCUACGAAUACACUCUGGUUCUCGGCAUUAGUCAUAAGCCUUGCGGCCGCGUCCAUUGGGAUCACGAUAAAACAGUGGCUUAACAACCACGUAGCCGGUGUGCCAUCGAACCCACGUCAGAGCGCGACUGCCUGGUACCUUCGCCACACUGGUUUUGAUGAAUGGCACGUGGAGGACAUAGUGAACUUGAUGCCGAUUCUGCUGCAGCUUUCCUUGAUGCUCUUCCUCAUCGGUCUGGUACUGCAAUUCUGGAAGACCAGCGCUGUGGUGGCUGGUAUGGUUCUUGGGCAAAUGGUCAUACUGAUGGCUUUCGCUUUCGGAACGGCCAUCACUCCGUCCCUUAACCCUCAUUCUCCCUACAAGUCUCCGAUGUCCCGUGCAUUCUAUAAG